CGUAAAUCAUCGGGUUAAUGUUCAUAUAGCCAUUUGCUGAGCCCCAAUCUUUCCGUUCCCCUCGUUCCCUCAAAAUCUUUCUAGGGUUUUCGUUAGCCGAAUCUCUCUCACUCUCUACUCUAACCCGCUUGCAGUGUCUUCAACAUGAGCAGAUCGGGCCAGCCUCCAGAUCUCAAGAAAUAUAUGGACAAGAAGCUUCAGAUCAAGUUAAAUGCAAAUCGAAUGGUCGUUGGUACGCUUCGUGGUUUUGACCAGUUUAUGAACCUAGUGAUUGACAACACUGUGGAAGUGAAUGGCAAUGAUAAAAAUGAUAUAGGCAUGGUGGUUAUCAGAGGAAAUAGUGUGGUCACUGUUGAGGCUCUUGAACCAGUAAACAGAAAUUAGUUCUCGGUUAAUGCGGUGGAUUUUAUGUAUGAUCUAGUGUUUAUUUUGGAUGAUGGUAUGACAAUUAUUUUUUUGGAAGGAAGAUGUUGUGUAAUGUGGAUCAGGUGCUUGAUUGUUUGAAGCAGUUGCAUCACUUAUUUCUGCAUUCCCAUUUUCAAGCAGACUUGAUAGUCAUAUUUUGUAUUUCUAUGGGUUCUAUGGACAGGCAAUGACUUCGGUUAAUAUAGUUCUCAUUCAGUCA